GAGGAAUUGGGCCCCGAAUUCUUAGAACUAAAAGGAAACGGACGAUUUAAUUACUCUUCAGUUUUUUUUUUUGCUUUCGAUUCUCUGCCUUCGCCUCCUCCUCUUCUUUUAUUACCACUGCUGCUACUUGCUGGAUUCUCGUUUCAAUGAUGGGUGAAGUUGGUCCUACAAUAGCCAAGGAUGUCACUGAAUUGAUUGGUAAAACCCCGUUGGUGUAUCUCAACGAUGUUGCAACUGGCUGCGUAGGCUGCAUUGCUGCUAAGUUAGAGAUGAUGGAACCAUGCUCCAGUGUCAAAGACAGGAUUGGAUAUAGUAUGAUUGCUGAUGCAGAGGAGAGAGGACUUAUCUCACCAGGAAAGAGCAUCCUGAUUGAACCUACUAGCGGUAAUACCGGCAUAGGGCUGGCCUUCAUGGCAGCUGCAAAGGGUUAUAGGCUCAUACUUACAAUGCCAGCCUCCAUGAGCCUUGAGAGGAGGACCAUUCUUAAAGCUUUCGGUGCCGAAUUGGUCCUCACAGAUCCAACUUUUGGCAUGAAAGGUGCUGUUCAGAAGGCAGAAGAGUUGGCUGCGAAGACACCCAAUUCAUACAUCCUUCAGCAGUUUGAAAAUCCUGCUAACCCAAAGGUUCAUUAUGAGAAAACUGGACCAGAGAUCUGGAAAGGAACUUGGGGCAAAAUUGAUGCCCUUGUGUCCGGUAUCGGUACAGGGGGUACGAUUACUGGAGCAGGAAGAUAUCUUAAAGAGCAGAAUCCUGACAUCAAGCUGUAUGGUGUGGAACCAGCUGAAAGUGCAGUUUUAUCUGGAGGAAAACCUGGUCCACAUAAGAUCCAAGGUAUAGGAGCUGGCUUUAUUCCUGGUGUUUUGGAUGUCAAUCUCAUUGAUGAAGUUAUCCAAGUCUCAAGUGCCGAAGCUAUUGAAACAGCAAAACUUCUAGCCUUGAAAGAAGGGUUGUUGGUUGGAAUAUCAUCUGGAGCUGCUGCUGCUGCUGCUAUUAGGAUUGCACAGAGACCAGAAAAUGAGGGAAAGCUCAUAGUUGUUGUUUUCCCAAGUUUUGGCGAGCGAUAUCUUUCUACGCCCCUCUUCCAGUCGAUAAAGAAAGAAGCUGAGAGCAUGGUGUUUGAGCCCUGAGGGUGAUUUUUGAUUGUCAUCGCCGCGGAGUUACCAUCUCCAUAAUUUUAUGAUAAUGGUUUUUUGAAGAGGCUCUUGUAUGAGUGGUUGUAUCAGAAUAAAAGUGUGGAUGGAUUCAUGACCAAGUCUCAGACAUUGAAAAUGGAGGAUGUGCUGUUAUAACCUUGACUUGUUAGUACAUUAUACCUUCCUUAGUUGAUUGGCUAGAGUAUUUUAAUUGUCAGUGCAUAAAAAGUGCAUAAAUUUGCAAAUAAAGGAUAGAGUUAAUCUAGUUA